AUGUUCACGGGGACUAUUCGUAUAAAAGUAUGCGAGGCCCAGAGCCUGAGACCGACGGACUGCUCGAUGCGUUAUACUUUCGGGAAACCCGAUGAACAACUUCUGGACCCUUAUGUUACGAUUGCCGUGGAUGACAUCCAUGUGGCUCAAUCCACAUCUAAACAGAAAACUUGUGAUCCCGUUUGGAAUGAGUACUUUGAGCACCAGGUUGAGAACGCUAAGACGCUGACCCUGACGGUGUUCCAUGACGCUGCGAUUCCACCUGACGUCUUCGUCGCGAACGUCUCAAUUCUUUUUGAAGAUCUGCUAAAUAGGGAAAGAGAUGAAUCUGAUUUUUGGGUUGAUUUAGAACCCAAAGGCCGACUACACAUUAGAAUAGAUCUUAGGAGGACAUCGAAAGAAUAUGGAGGAAAACCAAGGGAGUUCAAAGAACGCCAAGGCUUCAACAGAAGACGAGGCGCGAUGCGAAGAAGAGUCCAUCAAGUUAACGGUCAUAAGUUUAUGGCCACAUUUUUGCGACAACCCACAUUCUGUUCACAUUGUCGAGAUUUUAUAUGGGGUUUGGGCAAGCAAGGCUAUCAAUGUCAAGUUUGCACAUGCGUUGUUCACAAGCGAUGCCAUCAUACAGUUGUUACAAAAUGUCCUGGGAUGCAGGAUGAGUCAAGUAGUCAACACCAAAGCACCGGAUUCAAUGUAAAUGUACCACAUCGGUUUGUAGUUCACAGCUACAAACGUUUUACAUUCUGUGAUCAUUGUGGAUCACUCUUAUAUGGACUGAUUAGACAAGGACUUCAGUGCGAAGCUUGUUCGUUAAACGUACACAAGCGGUGCCAGAAGAAUGUGGCGAACAAUUGCGGAAUCAACACUAAACAGAUGGCCGAGAUUCUUACGCAAAUUGGUAAGUACAGAUAA